GUUAGCUCAGUCUUCGACAUGAUUUUCUACGUGCUGCUAAUAGGGAUUUUUGCCGUCGCCUGGUCGAAUCCGGUAAGGAUUUGUGUACCAGAGUCUUUGUCUAGUGACUGUGCUUCUAUGUCCCAGGAUGUACCUGAUUCAUUUACUUGCGUCAUAGCCCCUGACAUAUUCAACUGCCUGAGAAAAGUUGAGAAAGGUGAAGCUGAUGUCACGAACGUUGAUCCGACAGGAAUUUUUCUGGGAGGAAAGUUCUUCAAUUUGAAGCCAAUAAUUACUGAGCUUGUAGACGGACUGCCGUACAGAUAUCAAGCAGUUGCUGUGGUGUCAAAAAUAUCGGCUAUCCAGUCGGCUCGUGACUUAAGGGGUCGCUCUUCCUGCCACACUGGUCUGGGUCGCACGGCCGGAUGGCAGAUCCCAGUUGGCAAAUUGCUGUCUAAAGGCGUCAUGGCUCCGUCCUGUGAAGAGGGAGAGCUUGCUGCCGUUCAGAAUUUCUUUGGAGGAAGUUGCGCUCCGGGAAACUGGUCCUCUGAUCCUGUUGUGGAACAAGCUUUGAAAAUGAAAUAUCGUAGUUUGUGCAGCAAGUGUAAGAAUCCGAGUACCUGUUCUUCAGACGAUACUUACGCUGGUUAUGAAGGUGUUCUGCGCUGUUUGUCAGAUGGAGCAGCUGAUGUCGCUUUCACGAAAAUUCCAGUUCUGAACGACUACGUAAAAAGUAAUCCAGAUUUUGCUGAAAAGGCAGACAUUCUGUGUUUUGAUGGAGGUAGAAAAAAUGUUAAUGAUCCUGAACCUUGUGUAUGGGGUGAAAGGCCUACAAAUGCAUACGUUUCAAGACAAGUGGCUCCUGAAGAACAUGAAAGAUUGGUGAAAGUUUUUCUGGAUACGCAAAUCCGGUACAGCAUUCCUCAAGUGCGGAGACCAGAUUGGUUCUACAAAACGUUUUUUACGCACAGCAAAGUGAGCGGAUUGAAACGAACAGAAGACGAUCGGAGCACUUACAGCACUUAUUUAGGUGACUUCAUUGACACCAUUCGCAAAUCUCGAAUGGGAUGUGUUAAUGAUUAUGAUGCUGGUUUUUGCGUCACGUCCGUUGAAGAAUUGUCCAAAUGUGAAGAUUUCUCAAAAGUCAUAAAGACUCGGGGUAUGUGGCCCAGCAUCAAGUGCAUUAAAUCACCGUCGAAAGUAGCAUGUAUGCAAAAUGCAAAAGACGGGCACGCACAGUUACUAGUCCUGGAUGGUGGUGAUGUGUACAAAGGUGGCAGAUAUUUCGGUCUGCAGCCUGUUGCUGGGGAACUUUAUAACGGUACCGACGCAACGUAUUAUGCUGUUGCUGUCUUGCGGUCUGCUUCUGAUGUAAAGAAUUUGGCUGAUUUAAGAGGACUACGUUCCUGUCAUACUGGAAUGGGCCGGACAGCUGGUUGGGUUAUGCCUGUUGGGAUUUUACUUUCAGAAGACCUACUCUCCUCUGAUAACGGCUGCAAUCGAGCUACUGCAGUAGCAGAAUUUUUCUCGGGUGGUAGCUGUGUUCCCGGCGCUAACAACACGAAAUACAACCCAGGAAGAGUAGGCAGUGAACUUCUUUGCAGACACUGUAUUGGAGAUGAAAAUAGGCUUAACAAGUGCUCCAGGGAUUCAAAAGAGAGAUUCAGUGGUUACGCUGGUGCUUUAAGGUGCUUGGCUGAGGGCCGUGGGGAUGUAGCUUUCGUCAAGCAUACGACAGUUCCUGAUUAUACCGAUGGACGCAGUCAGGCUCCUUGGAGCAAGGAUCUCAUAUCGUCUGAUUUCAAACUUCUUUGCGACAGUGGAUAUACUGCAGAUGUUCAAGGAUACGAGCACUGCAACUUGGGGAAAGUGCCAUCACAUUAUGUCGUAACAGGUGGAGAGAUUUCCCAAACUCGAAAACUGCUUCUGGCCAGGCUGCUGGCAGAUUCUUCGAAGUACUUCUCAGACAAGUCCAGCUUUUACCGACUGUUCCGUCCAGGACAGCAACCUGAUCUCUUGUUCAAAGACUCAGCAACAGCACUCAAGAUCACACCUUUGGAUGCUUCUUACGAUAGAGUUUUGGGAAGAAGAUUUUUAGAAGCCUCCAAGGCUGUAGAUCCUAAGGCUUGCUUUUAAAGUGUUUCAUCGCAUAUCAUGGACAUAGUUACUUAAAAUAAACUAGUUUUUAGCUA